CUCACCGUGGAGACGCUGCAGCGGGGUGUGCAGGUGCGGGCCGUGAGUCGGUUUGAGGAGCUGUCAGAACUGCUGGGAGUGAUAGAAGAGGGCACCCGACAACUCGAGAAUUUUGAGUACCAGUCAACGGUGCAGAUGGCGGUGCAUGGCGUGUUCAAAGGGCGGCCAGGGCCGUCUGCAGUUCUGGAGCUGGCUUCAGAGUGCGAGCAACGCCUGUCUGCCUAUGAGCAACACAACCCGAACAAGGUGGUCCACGACACGACCAAGGCAGUCCAAGACAUGCCAGAUCAUUUGGCAAACACAGGUGAGCUGCAAGGAACAGGAGAGAUCUUUGGGUGA